AUGGAUUCUGCUUUAUCCAUUGCAGAUAUUGUUGAAAAACAGAAAUCAUCAAAACAAGCAUUGUCCAUUCGUUGUCAACAAUUAAUGUCAUUGGCUGAUGAAAACAUGGACUUUCCAAACAUGCGCUUAAAGUGGUUGAGUGAAUUAGUUCGUAUCAAUAUCGAAUCCGGUGAUUAUAUCUCAGCGUUUGUUUCACAAUUACAUUGUACAUGUUUAAUUGCUACGGUUGUUGAACAUCGUUCUAAACAUGAAAAACUCGAAAAUAAAAAGAAGAACGAACGAUUGCCUAAACCACCCGGUUUCCAUUUAUCAACGACACAACCAAUCAGAACGGCAAACAAUGUCUAUGAUUACGGCCGAUCUAGAACAUAUCAAGAAUUCUUCUUCAUUCCUUCAGUUCAAGUCGAAACUAAAGUUAAAGUUGAUGCAGGGAAUGCCGAUGCCGAAAUUUUGUUGUCUGAUUUUAAUGAAAAUCUUUUGAUUGAAUAUUUGAAUUCAUCUGUUUGGUUAUGCGAAGAAGCACAGUUAUAUUAUACAUUGCGCGGUUUGUCAUCAAUGGCAUUACGUGUUCUUUAUCAGAACCGCGAUUACGGCCGGUCUAAAGAAAUCUGUUCUAAAUUGUCCAAUUAUUUGUCUAGUAUUUCUACAGGAAACACAGUUGGUGUCAGUAUUCCAUUGUCAUUCUUCAUGGUAGAAAGAAGACAAGGCGGCAAGAAAGAUCAACGAAUAUACUGCUGCAAGAAGACGGAAACAAUCCAUUUUGUUCAACAACUGAAGAAUCGCGAAGGAAUUGUUUGUCCAACAGAUUAU